AUGUCAAGUGAGAAGAGGCGAUCCGUGGGUGGGGUUGUGGUGGUGGCAUCGACGGCUUGGUGGGAGGCGGAUUCAAAAGGUAAACGAGAGUGGGCUAGGAGUGGGAGUGGGUCCGACACGGGUUUGGUCCGGUGGAACGGGUGUGGGUCUGUUUGGGUCGGGCGGGUCGUAGGUCGGUUUUGGGUGGUGGAUCCAUCUCGAUGGGAAUUUGUGUUAGAGGCUGUCAUGUUUGAUGAGCUGGAUCUUUGA